AUGACAAUAAUUAUCGGUUCAUUGUUUUUACCCUAUACAGUUCAGUUCGAGGUUGGUCUUCAAGACACAUAUGUGGAGAAAACCAGCCCGAAUACCUCCGGUAUCGCCAGCGCCAAAACACGUCCCAAGCGUCCCAGUGUGACCGGGUCGAUGCCUGUCCCCAUAAGACUGAGUUCUAUCUUACCGUCAUUGAGCAAUGCUAACUCAAGUCAUAUUUCACCCAGCACAUCUCCAACCCAGCACAAGCACACGGCGGUUCAAGAAGGUGGACCUAGUUCUGUCGAGGACUUCUUCUUACAACGUUACACGAAACCCGAACGUACGACUCUGGAAAUCUUUGCUGAAAACUUGGAUGAAAAAUUACAGCCUCACUUCAUCCAACCCAGAUCGAUGUUCUCCAAGAGAAUGGACAGCUCGGUGGUGGAUAUAAAGAAACAGUCCAACGACUUUGGCUUGCCUUCAUUGAAAAUCAGCCGUUCAGGAACCAACUUGACUUCCCUUAAUAGUGGUGGUUCGCAUCUGACAUCCAAUGCAUCUAAAUCUCUGAAUGUGGGUGCUAGCAGAGCAAAUGCGUCUUUGAAUCGGUCGGCAUUAUCUAUGUCGUUGCAGAACAACAGUUCAACGUCAGUCAUCGAUCGAAUAACUGAAGAGGUAGAUGACGAUGACGAUGCUACAAUUGCGGGUCAUCACUUGGACAUAGAUAGUGACAACGACUGGGAUAAUGAUUUUAACGAGAUAACCAACCCCCGAGCAAAGAUUAAGUUGGCACCUUUCGGGGGCUUCUCACAUCCCAGCUUGGAGAAAGGAGUACUCUCGAAGUCGAGUAUUUUUGAAACCAGCCCUUGGAAAGUGUUAUUUGCUGCCAAAGGUAAUGGGUCUUUGAUCAAGGCCGUGAAAAUGGCGGUGGGUGAAAACAUCAUCCAUUCAAGAAAGUGGGUGGGAACAUUGGCUAUGCCUAGUGACGAGGUUCCCCAGCACGUGAAGGAUGAUAUUUCUAGCACCCUCAAAAACGAAUAUUUCUCUGAAGUGGUAUAUCCCAGUGAUUUGACAUUUUCAGGCCAUUACAAAUCGUUUUGUAAGCUGGUGUUAUGGCCCACCUUGCACUAUGAGAUUCCGGACAACCCUAAAUCAAAGGCAUUUGAAGAUCAUUCCUGGAGCCACUAUAAAGCCUUGAAUCAGAUGAUUGCAGACAAAAUAGUCGAUGUGUAUAAAGCAGAAAACGGAGACCUAGAUCCCGAUGACCCAGAAAACAUGAUUUGGAUUCACGACUACCAUUUGUUGUUGGUGCCUCAAAUGGUAUUGGAGAAGCUUCCUCGUGCUAAGAUCGGUCUUUUCUUGCAUGUUUCGUUUCCAUCAUCGGAAGUGUUCCGUUGUUUGGCCCAAAGAGAAGCUUUGUUAAAGGGAAUGCUAGGUGCCAGUGCUAUUUCGUUCCAGACGGAGGAGUAUGUUAGGCACUUUUUGCAGACUUGUUCAAGGUUGCUUUUGGCUGAUACUAGUGAUUAUGGUAUCAGUUAUGAUGGUAGAUUCACUAUGGUGAAUACUAUUCCUGUUGGUAUUGAUGCCAGUAGUCUCCAUGAGUCUCUAUUUUCUGACAGUGUCAAGGAUUGGAGAAACAGAAUCAGAGAAAGAUGGUCUGAUCAGAAGUUGAUUGUCUCGAGAGACAAGUUGGACAAGUUGAGAGGUAUAAAAGAAAAGUUAUCAGCAUACGAAAAAUUCCUCCAAAAGCACCCAUCUUACAUUGAUAACACUGUUUUGAUUCAAGUAUGUAUUGGGACUCCCUCUGAUGAUGACUAUUCAGCAGAUGUCAUGCAGAUUGUCAGUCGAAUCAAUGCGAUGGCCACCAAUAUAUCGGUAAGCCAACCUGUGGUCCUUUUGCAACAAGAUAUAGCUUUUGACCAAUACUUAGCUUUACAGGUUGAAGCUGAUAUGUUCAUCGUCUCCUCAAUGAGAGAGGGUUUGAAUUUGACUUGUCAUGAGUUCAUCAUUGCUUCGACCGAAAGAAAAUCGCCGUUGAUGUUGAGUGAGUUCACCGGUUCGUCCAACUUAUUGGAGUUGGAUGGACAGGGUGCGGUGUUGAUAAACCCAUGGGAUGUGAAUGAUUUUUCCGAGAAGUAUUAUACUCUGUUAACCAUGUCACCAGAAGAGAAAUUGACUAGAUGGACCAACUGUAACAGUGUUGUUGCUUGCCAUGAUUACAGAAGCUGGAUUAAGGGAUGUAUGGCCAGUAUUAUUGAGGCAUGGAAAAUCAACCACGAAAGAAACAGAAUCAACUUGAGCACAUUUAGUAAGAAUGUCUUCCAGAAUUUUUAUUCAGACAGUAAAGGUGGUAGCAGGUUAUUCUUUAUAAACUUGGAAACUGCUUCCGCAAUCACGAGCUUUGCAGAUAGCAGACCAGACAGUGUGCCUGUUUCGAUGAAGACAAGGGACAUCAAGAACUCGGAUAUUCUUCCUCCAUCCCACCUAGCUACUCUUUUGAACAAUGUGUUAUCGGAUGAUAAUAACAAGGUGUUUUUGUGUAGCUACAUGAAGAGACUGACUCUCGAUACCAUGUUCAGAAGAGUUCCAAGUAUGGGUUUGAUUGCAGAGAAUGGAGCCUACAUCAAGUUCAAAGGAUCAAAGAAGUGGAUUUCGAUCGUCAACGAACUGGAAAUUGGUAACUGGAUGCCUCAAGUAAGGCAACUCGUGGAAGCCAAGGUUGAGCGGCUCCCGGGUUCCAAGGCAGAAAUAGAGGAUUGUACGAUUAUUUUCAACCCGGGGAAGUCUAUUUAUGAGGAUAAGCAUAGAAGCAUCGAUCUUAUGGGAGACUUAAUUCAACAUGUCAAUUUACUCUUUGAUGAAAGUGAUGGUAUUCACGCUUCAUUGAUCAGGAACAAUGUGGUGAUCCAGCAAAACCAAUUAAGUUUAAGAGCACUCAAUUUCUUGGUCCACUACUUCAAUAAUAAUUCCCUCAACGACUUCAAACCUCGAGUGGUGAACGAUUCUGCAACGUCUACUCCCAUCAAGGAAAAGACUCCUUCUCUUGAGUAUCCGAAUGAUGGACAUGGAGUUUCAGGUCUCUUUGUUAGUGGAGGAACCACCUCCGUGGAUGAACCCAAUUUCCAACUUGGAAACACGUUGGGAGACCAAAACGUCAUUCCCAAUGUGUUGACAGUAGCGGCUUUGGAUAGUAACUGCAAGAGUACCUCGGCCAAGUACGGUGUUGCGGGAAGAAAUGAGUUGUUGAGUAUCAUCUCGACAUCGAUUGCAAAUAUGUAGACAUGAUCGUUACAUUCACUAUAAGUUGUAUAUAAAUAAAAGGUCGCCUAAAACUGGUUGUCUUUGUAGCUGGCCAUCACCACGGUAUUGAAGUCAUCAAGGGUUUCCAACAAUGCCUUUUCGUCUUUAUCCGAGAGUGAGUCAUAUCUGUUCCAGUAGUACUGUUGAAAUUCAUGUUCAGUGACAUACGGCACCUCUUUUGGACGAUUUACCACCCAGAGAUUCUCCUUUGACCUUUUAUGUGUUUCUCUAUCGUCUUCCAUUCUCAGAAGAAUCUGUUUUCUUGACAAUUCGUUAGGGCCAUAUUUAUCCUUGGGCCUCAAAUUGAACAUUUCCGACUCUUUAACCUCUUGUUCCACCGGUUUUUGGUGUUUAAGAAGCCUAAGUCUCUCAUAGUAGCUUUGUUUACGCUUCUGGGAAAGUAAUUCCCAGGUCCGAGUCACAGGAUCGUUGGCAGAAUCUGAAUUCUCAAGGGUAAUGUUGGGAUAGGGAACAUUCAAAUCGAUGUUUUGUCUGUCAUUAUCGUCCAAAAUAUCUGGACUGAAGGACGAGAAGUCAUCUUCAAACUUCUGGCAGUCAAUCUUCAACACCCGAGAAAUAUUUCGAAGACUGUUGAAAACACUAUGGAGAUUGUAAUUGUUGGAAGCAGGUAACACAUCCAAUAAAAUCAGGGGUAGUGAGUUUUUGACACUGGAAAUGUAAGGAUAUGAGUAGUUGGACCGCGGUUGCAGUGAUAUAGUAUGAGACUCGUUAACCAAGAUAUCGAUAAACUGAAAGAUGGUAGAUUUGGUAUUGACCUCGAUUUUGGGGUCCUGGAGAAUACUCAUGAUGGAAGUAAACAAGUAGUCUUCAUUUUCCCAGUUUUUGAUGGCGAAGUGUGCCGCUUUGCGCAAGCUCUGCACAGUUGGGUUCAACUCACGCAAUAGUUGAGUGAAUUGGGUGUUUGCCUCAAAAGAAUCCAUGUAGUCUUCCCAAGCACAGAAAAGCAGCAC